GAUCGCUAACUUUUCCCACUGGGUGACGAUAUUUUCUUUCGAGCGUUGAACGCAAAUUCUUGGAUAUAUAUAAGAUACGAGGCGACCGACGAUCCUUGCCAGCUCCACAAAAUGCCCUUAGCGUCGUCCCAACAGGAGCCCAACCCGUCUGCGUACGUUGCCAUUGAUCGCGAUUCUCUUGAUGAUACGGAGAAUGGCGCUCUCUUGCGCGAGACGGGAAGGUCUCAGACCCAGACAUCUCGGGUGUGGAAGCUGGUAAGGGGGAGACCCGGCACCGUCGCUGCCCUCACUGCCCUCUUGUUGCUGGGAGUCUGGGCUGUUGUGGACAUCGCGGGAAAGAGUGGUAGCUCACACCAAGAUCUCAUUCCAGGUUCCAUUACUUCGCGCAAUGCCGCUGUAUCCUCUGAAAAUGUAAUUUGCAGUGAGAUUGGUGCCAACACCUUGCGACAAGGUGGAUCUGCUGUGGACGCAACGAUUGCCACUGGGCUGUGCAUUGGUGUUACCAAUAUGUACAGUAGUGGUAUUGGUGGAGGAGGGUUUAUGGUUGUGAGGGAAAAGAAUGGCGCGAGCAAGUAUGUGGAUUUUAGAGAAGAAGCCCCGGCUGCGAGUACCAGGGACAUGUACGUUGAAAAUCCACGAUCGGCUCAGUUCGGAGGACUGGGCGUUGGUAUCCCGGGGGAAAUUCGAGGUUAUGAGGCUGCCCAUAAAAGAUAUGGAAAAUUGCCGUGGAGAGCAUUGUUCCAACCCUCAAUUGAGCUGUCCAUUAAUGGCUGGACAGUCUCGCAGACCCUGGAAAGCCGUAUCAAAGCGGCAGGCGAUUUGAUGCUCAACAACACCGCCUUCCGCGAUGUGUUUGCACCCAACGGGCAGCUGUUGAGAAAGGGAGAUACCAUCAAACGAGAAAAAUUGGGCGCUACCCUGAAAACGAUUGCCGAGCAGGGUGCUUCGGUAUUCUAUGAGGGUAAAAUUGCCGAGAGCAUCGUAAAAACAGUCACUGACGAUGGAGGCAUCUUGACGCUCAAUGACAUGAAGCAGUAUCAAGCCAAGGUCCAAGACACGUUGAUUGGAUAUUAUCACGGCAGACGGAUUAUUACAUCACCGGCGCCUACGAGUGGCCCGGUGCUCUUGUCUGUCCUGAAUAUCAUGGAGGGUUAUGACUUGCGCGGUGAAGGGAGGACACCAACGAACAUUCACCGACUCAUCGAGAGUUAUAAACACGGCUUUGCGCAGCGCAGUUAUUACGGUGAUCCAAUUGACACGGUUUUCCGUAACAUCACUGAAAUCGCCGAGCACUUUACGGACAAGCAGACUGCUGGGCUAAUCCGGCAGAAUAUCUCUGAUACGAAAACGUUUCCCCCUGCCUACUACAACCCUCCAUUUGACGUUGAAGAAGAUCACGGAACCAUGCAUGUCUCUGUUCUUGGUCCGGACGGGGAAGCCGUGUCAAUGACCUGCACCGUAAAUUUGUUGUUUGGUGGACAAUUAAUGGACCCAGAGACUGGAAUUAUUUUGAAUGAUGAAAUGGAUGACUUUUCUAUUCCCGGUGUACCUAACGCUUUUGGUCUUGUCCCAUCGCCAUAUAAUUACGUCCAACCACGCAAGAGACCACUGUCCUCGAGCGUUCCUACCAUAAUCGAGCGUGAUGGUCAAGUGGAAGCCAUUAUUGGAGCCAGCGGCGGAAGCAGGAUUAUAACAGCAACGCUGCAAACCAUUUUUGACAUGUUGGAUUGGGGUCUUGACGCGGGACAUGCCGUAAGCAUGCCUAGAGCGCAUCAUCAGUUGCUCCCAAACACGAUUGCGGUGGAAAAUGAGUAUGAUGAUGCGCUUGUCAAAGAGCUGGAAGCAAGAGGACAUAAUGUGACAAGGUUGCCUCCAAAGUUUUACUUGAGCGGCGUGGAAGCUAUCCGUCGCCUGCGCAACGGAACUAUUCAAGCUGCCGGCGACUGGAGGAAAGAAGGGGGCGCGGCAGGGUUUUGAUCUCAAUAGAAUUUAGAUGAUCACAGCAUGUGCUGUUGUUCAGUUCACAAACUCGUUCUGUGAUUGUGUUCUGUGAUUGUUUUGUGAUGUUGUUUGUGUGUUUGGAAACUUGAUAUCCAACCAUAUGCCCAUCUGCUCCCAAACCGAUAUGAAAUAAAAAAAAACAAUUGGCGAAAAGGCCUCCUUGUUGAAAUGCGAAAUCACCUC